AUGUCAUCAGGCGCGGGAAGUUUCUUAAUCGUUUCUUUGCCUUCUAAUGUUGCACCAAGCAAUAAUGAAGAAUUGCCAUUAUAUUUGGAAAAGAACUUGAUUGGUGGGCAUGGUGUCGUUUCAAAAUUCGCCAUUCCAACAUUCAAGAUUGGUACUUUGGACUCUCUUGUUCAACAAUCCGAUGAAUUGGAAAAAAUGGAUGUUACCAUUAAUGGGAUCUUGAACAAAAUUGAUGACAUUUUGAAUGCCAUAUAUGACAAUAACUCCGGGCUUGUUGCCAGUAGCAAAAGAAUUGAUGGGGAUAAGAACGCAGUGGAGUAUAUUGAAAAGUUUCGCUGGAAUGACACCAAGUACAGAACUGACAAUAAAUCCAUCAAGGAAUUGAUCGACUUGAUUUCCAAUGAAGCUAUUGAUUUAGACAGCGAUUUAAGAAACUUGUACAACUCUUAUAACGUGGCCAAAUCAAACUUAUCUGCUGCCAACAGAAAGCAAAAUGGUGACUUGUCGGUGAUUUCGUUGCACGACAUUGUUGGGCCACAAGAUUUUGUAUUGAAUUCUGAACAUUUGGUAACCGUACUUGUGGUGGUUCCAAAAUCAUUGCAAAAAUUGUGGUUGUCUAGCUACGAAACUUUAACAGAAUACGUGGUUCCAAGAUCGUCUCAUCAAAUCACUGAAGAUUCUGAAUACGUGUUGAAUAAUGUCACUUUGUUCAAGAAGAAAGUUCCGGAGUUCUUAGCCAAAUGUCGUGAAUUGAAGUUCCUACCACGAGAAUUCAACUAUUCUGAAGAAUUGGUUGAAAGUUUGAAACAAGAAUACUCCUUGGCGUCAAGAAAAGAGAGCCAAAUGCGUGGGGAAUUGAUUCGUCUCACCAGAACUUCAUUCCAAGAUGUCCUUGCGGCUUGGGUACACAUUAAAAGUUUGAGGGUUUUUGUGGAAAGUAUUUUGAGAUACGGUUUGCCACCAAACUUCCAAUCAUACUUUGUGAGAACAAACAGUGGUUCUGAAGGUGAAAAAUCAAUUGCUAAUGCCAAAUCAGAAUUGGUUAAAGAGUUUGGGUACCUCGGAGGCAAUGCAUUCAAUAAAGAUAAAAAGGGCAAUGUAAUGAAGGAUUCUUCGCUACAUCAAUACGCUGGCUUGGUGGACCAAGACUAUGAGCCAUUUGUUCUUUAUACCUUUCAAGUGAAUUAG